AUGGUGCUGUACUUCAUUGGUUUGGGAUUGGCUGACGAGAGGGACAUCACUGUCAGGGGACUCGAGGCGGUGAGAGGGUGUAGUCGCAUCUACUUGGAGGCUUACACCUCAAUUCUCCUAGUACAGAAAGAGAAUUUGGAGAAGUACUAUGGCAAGGAAGUCAUUGUUGCAGACCGCGAAAUGGUUGAAAGCCAGGUGGAUGCGAUCCUCUCUGGCGCUGACAAGGAAGACGUAGCCUUCCUAGUCGUUGGCGAUCCCUUUGGGGCAACAACGCACACAGACCUUCAGCUGAGGGCGAAAGCGCUGGGAAUCCCUGUGAGUGUCAUUCAUAAUGCCUCCAUCAUGAAUGCUGUCGGUGCCUGCGGUCUGCAGCUGUACCGCUAUGGAGAGGCUGUUUCCAUAGUAUUUUUCACCGAAAGCUGGCGGCCGGACAGCUUCUAUCCGAGGAUAGCUGCAAACAGGCAGCGCGGCCUCCACACGCUGUGCUUGCUGGACAUCAAGGUCAAGGAGCCAUCCCUGGAGUCCUUGGCGCGCGGCCGCAAGGUGUAUGAGCCAGCGAGGUACAUGACAGUGAACACAGCGAUAGAGCAGCUGCUGGAAAUUGAGGAGGAUCGCAAGGAGGGGGCUUAUGGGCCAGACACGCUGUGUGUGGGCGUGGCACGGAUAGGCUCGGACACUCAGCAGAUUGUGGCUGGAACAAUGUCUGAGCUGGCAGGAGUUGACUUUGGACCUCCGCUGCACUCGCUCAUCAUUGCCGGCGAGACCCAUGUGAUUGAACAGGAGAUACUUGCGCAGUACAGGACACAGCCAUUCUGA